CUGGCCUUUGGAAACACAGACAGUUACCUCCUGGCAGCUAUGGCCAUUGACCGCUAUGUAGCCAUUUGUAACCCCUUCCACUAUGUCACUGUAAUGAAUCGCAGGUGCUGUGCCUUGCUACUGGCCUUCUCCAUCACUUUCCCCUGUCUCCACUCCCUCCUGUACGUUCUCCUGGUGAAUCAGCUCACCUUUUGUGCAUCAAAUGUUAUCCAUCACUUUUUUUGUGAUGUCUACCCUGUUCUGAAACUGUCCUGCUCUUCUACCUUUGUCAUUGAAGUUGUGGCCAUGACAGAAGGCCUGGCAGCUGUGAUGGGUCCUUUUGUCUGUAUCCUCAUCUCUUACCUGAGAAUCCUCAUUUCUGUUCUCAAGAUUCCCUCAGCAGCUGGAAAACGCAAAGCCUUCUCCACCUGCAGCUCCCAUCUCACUGUGGUGACCUUGUUUUAUGGAAGUAUUACUUAUGUCUACUUUCAGCCCUUGUCCAGCUAUACUGUCAAGAACCAAAUAGCAACAAUCACCUACACUGUGUUGACAUCAAUGCUAAACCCAUUUAUCUACAGUUUAAGAAACAAAGACAUGAAACAGGGCUUAGAGAAAUUGUUAAACAAGAUUAAGUCUCAAAUAGGUAGGUUUUACUUCUAUAAAAGCCAAUAA